AUGGAGGUGAUGGACAGCUGCCACUUCUCCCCAGCCGAGCUCUUCUAUGACAGCUCCUGCCUCUCCUCCCCGGAGGGCGACUUCGCCGAGGAUUUCGAGCCGCGGGACCUGCCUGCCUUCGCAGCCCGCCCGCCCGCCGAGCCCGCCGGCUCCGAGGAAGAGGAGCACGUCCGAGCUCCCACCGGCCACCACCAGGCCGGCCGCUGCCUCCUGUGGGCUUGCAAAGCCUGCAAGAGGAAAUCCACCACCACGGACCGGCGAAAGGCGGCCACCAUGAGGGAGAGGAGGAGGCUGAAGAAAGUGAACCAGGCGUUUGAGACCCUGAAGCGGUGCACCACCGCCAACCCCAACCAGAGACUCCCCAAAGUAGAGAUCCUGCGAAACGCCAUCAGAUACAUCGAGAGCCUCCAGGAGCUCUUAAGGGAACAGGUAGAAAACUACUACCACCUGCCAGGACAGAGCUGCUCAGAGCCCACCAGCCCCACUUCCAGCUGCUCCGACGGGAUGGCUGAAUGCAGCAGCCCCGGCUGGUCGGCGAGAGGCAGCAGCUUCGACGCGGUCUAUUGCUCCGAAAUGGCCCACGGCUGCGCGGCGGAGCAGAGCAGCGCCCUGUCCAGCCUGGAUUGCCUCUCCAGCAUCGUGGACCGCCUCUCCCCGCAGCAGCAGCACCUCUGCCCCGCCGCCUCCCCGCUGCCCGCCGCCGGCCUCGACCCGGCGCCGGGGACGCCCGCGACGCCGCCGCCCCGACGGAGCUACCAGGCGCUAUGA